CGGCCUCCGCUCCUCGCACCCCACAAUGCCGUGCGGCGCCGUCCUGUCGCAAAGGGCUCAUCCGGGCGGCGAAUGAGCGAGUCGCUUUCCGUGCGCUGCGGCGGCGGCUGGGUCUUCCUGCUCCCGCCGCGCUGCCGGACGCCCCGACGGUAGUCAUCUGCGCCGCAGUCGGUUCGGCGCCCCCGCCUCCGCGAUGCCCCCCAAGAAACAGGCUCAGGCCGGGGGCAGCAAGAAGGCGGAGCAGAAGAAGAAGGAGAAGAUCAUCGAGGACAAAACUUUCGGUCUAAAGAAUAAGAAAGGAGCAAAGCAACAGAAGUUUAUUAAGGCUGUUACUCAUCAAGUGAAAUUUGGUCAGCAGAAUCCACGUCAGGUAGCACAAAGUGAAGCUGAAAAGAAACUGAAGAAAGAUGACAAGAAGAAAGAGCUACAAGAACUAAAUGAGUUGUUCAAACCUGUAGUUGCUGCACAAAAAAUAAGUAAAGGUGCAGAUCCCAAGUCUGUGGUGUGUGCAUUCUUCAAACAAGGACAGUGUACUAAAGGGGAUAAAUGUAAGUUCUCUCAUGACCUCACUUUGGAGAGAAAAUGUGAAAAACGAAGUGUGUACAUUGACGCAAGAGAUGAAGAACUUGAAAAAGAUACUAUGGAUAAUUGGGAUGAGAAAAAGCUGGAAGAAGUAGUAAACAAGAAGCACGGUGAGGCGGAAAAGAAAAAACCAAAAACUCAAAUAGUGUGCAGACAUUUCCUUGAAGCUAUUGAAAAUAACAAGUAUGGCUGGUUUUGGGUGUGUCCUGGAGGUGGCGACAAUUGCAUGUAUCGCCAUGCACUUCCUCCUGGAUUUGUGCUGAAGAAAGACAAAAAGAAAGAAGAGAAAGAAGAUGAGAUUUCAUUAGAAGAUCUAAUUGAAAGAGAGCGUUCUGCCUUAGGUCCAAAUGUUACCAAAAUCACUCUAGAAUCUUUUCUUGCAUGGAAGAAAAGGAAAAGACAAGAAAAGAUUGAUAAACUUGAACAAGAUAUGGAGAGACGGAAAGCUGACUUCAAAGCAGGAAAAGCACUGGUGAUCAGUGGUCGUGAAGUGUUUGAAUUUCGUCCUGAGCUGGUCAAUGAUGAUGAUGAGGAAGCAGAUGAUACCCGUUACAUUCAGGGAACAGGUGGUGAUGAGGUUGAUGAUUCUGUGGGUGUAAAUGACAUAGAUGUAAGCCUGUACAUCCCAAGAGAUGUAGAAGAGACGGGUAUCACUGUAGCCAGUCUUGAAAGAUUCAGCACAUAUGCUUCAGAUAAGGAUGAGAACAAAUUAAGUGAAGCUUCUGGAGGUCUGGCUGAAAAUGGUGAAAGAAGUGAUUUGGAUGAGGACAACGGAAGUGGGGCACAAGAAAAUGGGUCCAUCGAUGCUGUUCCAGUUGAUGAAAAUUUGUUCACUGGGGAAGAUCUAGAGGAACUAGAAGAAGAAUUAAAUACACUUGAUCUAGAGGAAUGACAGCAAACAAGUCAAGGAAGAAAACUAGGUCAGCGUACUAUGAUCAGCGGAACUGAAAUUGAUGUUAAUUGUUCUACCACCUAGAAUCAACAGGAUGUUUACUUCCCUACGAUGAUUCUGGAGGGCUACUGUCCUCCAAAAAAGUACUCUCCCUGCAUCUUCUCUUCUGACUUUGACUACAUCUCAUAGUAAGUUCAGAGUAGUUGAUGAUAAAUUGAAAGUGGUCAUUACAAAAGAUGAUUGUUGUUGUACUAUCCACUCCGGUAGGAAGUGUAACUGCUUCUCCAGCUUUUGGUUUUCAUUGGGCAUGUGUAAUUUCCAGGAACAACGAAUUCAUACUUAAAAUACUUUCCGUUUGAUGCAGUUUUUAAUGAGUGGUUUCCUUUCCUUUGUAUUUAUAUGUUUUAAAGACUGCCUGAAAGGUGAGCACUGUACUUGAUAAAGGAGACUGCAUAUGCAGGUUCAGUAUUGUACAUCUGGACGAUUAGGUGGACACUGAGAAUGGGACUUGUUCAACCUAACAAGGUCAGCCACAGUGCCCUGUGUUAAAGCUGUUUAAAGUUCUUCCCCUUUUUUUGCCAAUAAAGUUGUAAAUAAAAACCAUCAUCCA